AUGAAUGAGAGUUUUCAAUUGGAUGACCUUGAAAGAUUUGAAAUUAAGCAGGCUGCUAUUGUUCCGAACUCAGAUGACAUAUCAAAUUGCUCUUGUCGUGGAAUGUGUCUUAGAGAUAGCGGAAGGAGUGCAUGCCCAUGCAAGAGUGUUGGCCAUUAUUGUUCGUCUGUAUGUCAUGCAAAUCAAUUCUCAGGGGCUUGUAUGAACCAACGAAAAAUUUUGGAAAGCGACUCCGAUUCCGAUAACAGCGAGGAUAAUAAAAGCGAUAACUCUGAUGUGUCAAUAAGACCGGUAAGUGAACAAUAA